CGCGCGCCUUUGCUCUUGUAGCGCCGCUCAAUGCAAUGAUGUGGCUGAAAGCUCCUCCUCCGCUCCUUCCUAAUCCCUCGGGUCCUGCCCCACUAAUACUGCGGCUGAAGUUCAUCCACAGGGAUCAGGCAGCCGCGCUCAGCUAACCCUCCACACCGACAUUUGUAUCAGAAAAGUGUUUUUGAGGCGCCCGUUUAGCUCAAACUCAGACAGGUUUUCAUUAAAGCUCAGGCUUCUUCCAGGAGGAUCACCUGUUGUGACUCUGCAGCGCCCCCCAGUGGUCAUCAUGGCUUCAGCUGAGGACACUGAAGGCGCUCUGACUCCUGUGGACUUUAUCCAGCUGCAGCAUUACAUGGAAGACAGCAGCCUGAGAGUCAAAGAUGUGAUUAAGGAGUUUCAUCCAGGUGGCCGUUAUGCCAAGCACACAUCUGGAGAGUCCCUCAGUCUGGAGGGCUUCUGUCUCUUCCUGAAGACCUACCUGGAAGUGGAGGACUUCCCUCCAAACUUCUGCCAAAAGCUCUUCCGCUAUUUUCAACAAGCAGAGGAUUUGUCUCCAAAAAGAACCAUGCCCAAAGGAGGAGGAGUCUUUCUACGCGAUGUGUCCUGUUACUUCUCAGUGCUGGAGGAGGGGCAGCCCCGGGAGAAGCUUGAGUUUACUUUCAAGCUUUAUGACAACGAUGGGAACGGAUUACUGGACAGUUCUGAAGUAGAUCGCAUUAUUGCCCAGAUGAUGCGAGCUGCUGAUUACCUGGGCUGGGACGUGACCGAGCUGAGACCAGUUCUCAAAGACAUGAUGACUGCAAUAGAUGUGGACAGCAGUGGAACUGUCACUCUGGAAGAAUGGGUCAAGGGAGGCAUGAACAAUGUGCCUUUGCUUGUGUUGCUUGGACUGAGGAUGACGGAGAAGGAUGGCCAGCACAUCUGGAGGCUGAAGCAUUUCAACAAACCCACCUACUGCGGUGUGUGUGAGAACAUGCUGCUCGGCCUCGGAAAGCAGGGACUCUACUGCAACUGCUGUGCUUACACUGUCCACAACCAGUGCGCCAACAAGAAUCGAGACUCGUGUGCUCGGACCUUUGUCAAAAGCAAAGAGGAAACUGGUAAAGCAACUCAUGACUGGAUCAGAGCUGACUGUAACUCCAGCAAGUGUGAGGUGUGCUUGAAGAAGAUCAAAACGUUAGCCGGGAAGCGCUGCGUUUGGUGCCAGGAGACGCGCCAUGAUGACUGCGUCAGUGCCGGUUUGACGAAGUGUGACUGCGGCCCACUGAAAGACCACAUAUUGCCACCAUGGGCCAUCUAUCCCAUCUCAAAGGAGGAAGACGCCAAACUGCUGAGUGUCACUCCUGAUGGUCACAUCCUGCAGAUCGCUCCGAUUCUAAACAAUCAUCCACUGCUGGUGUUUGUAAAUCCUAAAAGUGGAGGGAAGCAGGGUGAACGAGUUCUCCGGAAGUUCCAGGGCCUGCUGAACCCGCGUCAGGUGUACAACCUCACCAAUGGAGGUCCCAGUCGAGGACUACACUUCUUUCGGAACCUGCCUCAGUUCAAGAUCUUGGUGUGUGGCGGAGAUGGCACAGUCGGUUGGCUCCUGGAUGCAAUAGACAAGGCGAACAUCUUGGGGCAUCCUCCAGUGGCUGUGCUGCCUUUAGGAACUGGAAACGACAUGGCUCGCUGCCUACGCUGGGGAGGAGGAUACGAGGGGUCGGACUUGAAGGAAAUCCUGAGGGAGAUCGAGAAAAGCGAGAAGAUUCCUCUGGAUCGCUGGAGCAUCAGGGUGACUCCUAAAAACCCUCAGGAUGUGGGAGACCCUGUGCCGUAUGAGAUCAUGAACAACUAUUUCUCUAUUGGAGUGGAUGCCUCCAUUGCUCAUCGCUUUCACUCCAUGAGAGAGAAACAUCCACAAAAGUUCAACAGCCGAAUGAAGAACAAGCUGAUGUAUUUUGAGUUUGCAACUUCCGAGUCCAUCUCAGCCUCUUGCAAGAAUUUAAAGGAUUGUCUCAGUAUUACGUGCUGUGGAAAACCUCUCAACCUGGACAACUUGUCUUUAGAGGGCAUAGCUGUCCUUAACAUACCCAGCAUGCAUGGAGGCUCCAACCUCUGGGGCGAAACGAAGAAAGCGGAUAGUGUUUCAGAAGCAGUGCACAGCGAAGUCAUCACUGACCGAGAAGUUCUCAAAACAGUCUUACAGGAUAUAAGCGAUAAACGUUUUGAGGUGGUGGGGCUGGAAGGAGCGUUGGAGAUGGGACAGAUCUACACUGGACUGAAGAGUGCCGGACACAGACUGGCACAGACCUCUGAAAUCACCAUCAGCACAAAAAAAGCUCUUCCAAUGCAGAUUGACGGGGAGCCCUGGAUGCAGCCUCCCUGUGAGAUUCGUAUAACUCACAAGAACCAAGCUAAUAUGCUCAUGGCUGCAGCGACCAAAACGUCGAGCUUCUUUCACCAUAAGUAACCAUCAACACCUCACCCAGCCUGCAGAGGGUCAUCGCUGGUUAUUUGAACCUGUUAACCUGUGUGUUUAUACCCUAUGCGUCUUUCUCCUUCUUCCCCUGACACAGUUUUAACAAACCCAGUAAAACUACAGAGAAACGUAAGGUUUGCAUGUCUGUAUCGCUGCUUCUGUGUGCCAAUUUUAAUGUGAUGCAACCCAAGUCUGUAAAUGGAACCAGAAAAUAUUCCCC